AUGAAAUUGGUAUUAGGUUUGAUCGCCCUAGUGGCAUUGGGCAGUUGUGCUUCUUUCUUGGAAGAACAACAACCAAUGGAAAAUAAAAUAUAUAAGAUCAAGUUGGACAGAACAGAAUCGUAAGCCAGAAAAUCGUUAUUCGAUUUUGUGACAACCAGUUAACAAUACAGAAAGAGUCCCGAUGUGUUGGGCGAAGCAGAUUUGGAAAUGACCUAAACUAAAUAGAAGGAAUCAAUCAAAUUGUACAACUUUAAGAAUACCCAAUAUACAGGAGAGAUUGGAUUAGGUGGUUAAGAUAAUAAAUUCAAAGUUAUCUUUGACACAGGAUCCGCUAACAUUUGGUUGAAUUCAGCUAGAUGCAACGACUACGGAUGCAAGAAUCACAAGUAAUACGACGGUUCAAAGAGUCCCACCUAUGAACACUUAGGUUACGAUUUGGACGUCGAAUUCGGAACUGGAGAAUUGAUGGGAGAAAUUAAUGCUGACACUGCCUAUGUCGGAGGAGUCUCUAUAGCCAAAUAGGAAUUUGCAGAGAUUGUCAGAGAAAAUGGUGAUGUUUUCGCAUAAGCAGGUUUUGAUGGCAUUGUUGGAUUAGCAUAUCCAGAAAUGGCCGCUUACAAUUUCAACCCAUUAUUUGAUAAUAUCAUCAAAUAGAAAUUGUUGGACAGAAAUGUGUUUUCUUUCUACUUUUCGAGAUAAGAAGGUUCUAGAUCAUCCGAAUUAACCUUGGGUGGUUGGGACACUGAUCAUUUCACUGGUGAUUUACAUUUCCAUAAUGUGGCCAACAAAUAUUAUUGGUUAUUGGAUGCAGACAACAUUUUGGUCAAUGGAAAAGACAUGGGACUUUGCAAACAUGGAUGCAAAGUAGUUGCAGAUACUGGUACUUCAUUAUUAACUGGUCCAUCAGACGAUUUAUAUGAUUUACUAGACACCUUGAAUAUUGAUGAAAAUUGCAGCAACAUCAAAGAAUUGCCAAAAUUAACAUUCGUUUUGGAUGGCGUCAAUUAUGAUUUGGAUGCCAAUGAUUAUGUUAUGAAAAUCGAUUCAGAGGGAAAUGAAGUUGCUUAUGAUACUUUCGCAAGUACUGAUAGUUUUGUAGAAAUGGGAGCAAAUUGCUAAUGUGUUGGUUCAUUCAUGCCUUUAGACAUCCCAACACCUUAAGGGCCAGCUUGGAUUUUGGGUGAUACUUUCCUUAGCAAAUUUUAUUCCGUUUACGACAGAGACAACGAUAGAGUUGGUUUUGCCAGAGCAAAAUGAUUCAUAUUAUUAUCACACAUAAUAUACACCUUAAGAAUAAUUAUUGUAACAUUUGAA